UCUCUGACAGUUCACAUUUCUUUCUCUCGAUACAAAAAUCCACAGUGUAGAUAAAAUACACACUUCCCACUCCGACCAGUAUCAAAACUCCCCACUCUCUCUCUCUCUCUCUCUAGUCAUGGAGUCGGUAAUCUGGCUCUCCUUCCUCUCUCUCCUCCUCCCCUGCCUCGCCGCCAAACAAACCACCUACAUUGUCCACAUGAACCACAACCUCAAACCCUCCUCUUUCCCCACCCACCACCACUGGUACUCCGCCACGCUCAACUCCCUCACCACCACCUCCUCUGACUCCGACUCCGACUCCGAUUCUCUACUCCUCUACACCUACACCACCGCCUACCACGGCUUCGCGGCCUCCCUCACCCCGUCCCAAGCCGAAUCCCUCCGCCGCUCCUACUCCGUCCUCGGCGUCUACCAAGACACCCUUUACUCCCUCCACACCACCCGAACCCCCGAAUUCCUCGGCCUCGACCCUCAACUGGGCCUCUGGGCAGGCCACACGCCAUUGCAACUCAACCAGGCCUCCCAGGACGUCGUCGUCGGUGUUCUCGACACCGGAGUCUGGCCCGAGUCCAAGAGCUUCGACGACUCGGGCAUGCCCGACUUGCCCGCCAAGUGGAAAGGCGAGUGCGAGUCCGGCCCGGACUUCAAACCCACCCUCUGUAACAAGAAACUCAUCGGCGCUCGGAGGUUUUCGAGGGGCUACCACAUGGCCUCAGGGUCCGACCCGAAAGAAAAACAAGAGAUCGAUUCGCCACGUGACUACGACGGCCACGGGACCCACACGUCCAGCACGGCCGCCGGGGCCCACGUCGCCAACGCGAGUUUACUAGGUUACGCGAGCGGAACGGCGCGUGGGAUGGCAAUCAACGCCCGCUUGGCUACCUACAAGGUCUGCUGGAAAACCGGGUGUUUCGGGUCGGAUAUCCUGGCCGGGAUGGAUCGGGCCAUCCUUGACGGCGUCGAUGUCUUAUCGCUCUCUCUCGGUGGCGGUUCUGCUCCGUAUUAUAGGGAUACGAUUGCGAUCGGUGCGUUUACGGCGACGGAGAAGGGCAUUUUCGUCUCUUGCUCGGCCGGAAACAGUGGGCCCGGGAAAGGCUCGCUUGCCAACGUGGCGCCUUGGAUAAUGACGGUCGGGGCCGGAACGAUAGACCGGGAUUUUCCGGCUUAUGCCGUGAUGGGGGACGGCAAGCGGUUCACCGGGGUGUCGUUGUACAGCGGGAAGGGAAUGGGGAAGAAACCGGUUGGUUUGGUUUACAGUACGGGGAAGAACAGUUCGAGUAAUCUGUGUUUGCGCGGUUCGCUCGAACCGGACGUGGUGCGUGGGAAGUUGGUGUUGUGUGACAGGGGGAUCAACGCGCGGGUGGAGAAGGGUUUGGUGGUGAGGGACGCGGGCGGGGUGGGGAUGAUCCUGGCGAACACGGCGGCGAGCGGGGAGGAGCUGGUGGCGGACAGCCACUUGUUGCCGGCGGUUGCGGUGGGGAGGAAGGUGGGGGACUUGAUAAGGGACUACGUGAGGAAGGACGGGGCGACGGCGGUGCUGAGUUUCGGUGGGACGGUGUUGAAUGUGAGGCCGUCGCCGGUGGUGGCGGCGUUUAGCUCGAGGGGGCCGAAUAUGGUGACGCAGCAGGUGUUGAAGCCGGAUGUGAUUGGGCCGGGGGUUAACAUCUUGGCUGGUUGGUCGGAGGCUGUUGGGCCCACUGGUUUGGACCAGGAUACGAGGAAGACUCAGUUCAACAUCAUGUCCGGUACAUCCAUGUCAUGCCCGCACAUAAGUGGACUAGCAGCAUUGCUCAAAGCAGCACAUCCAGACUGGAGCCCGAGCGCAAUCAAAUCGGCACUCAUGACAACUGCCUAUGUUCGCGACAACACAAAAUCCCCGCUGCGUGAUGCUGCAGAGGGCGCCUUCUCCACCCCAUAUGCCCAUGGGUCUGGCCAUGUCGACCCGCACAAGGCACUUUCUCCGGGCCUUGUUUAUGAUAUCUCAACUGAUGAAUAUAUAGCCUUCUUAUGCUCCUUGGACUACACCGUUGAGCAUGUACAAACCAUUGUCAAGCACCCAAAUAUCACGUGUGUGAAGAAAUUCGCGGACCCUGGCCAACUCAACUACCCAUCAUUCUCAGUCUUGUUUGGCAAAAAAAGAGUUGUGCGAUACACUAGAGAGUUGACAAAUGUGGGAACUGCAGGAUCUAUAUAUGAUGUGGCGGUCGAUGGGCCACCGUCAGUUUCUGUGACCGUGAAGCCGUCUAGACUUGUUUUCAAGAAUGUAGGAGACAAGCUGCGGUAUACAGUUACUUUCGUGUCUAAGAAGGGUGCAGUACCAGAUCCUAAUUCAUUUGGUUCACUGGUGUGGAGCAACUCUGAAAACCAAGUGAGGAGCCCAAUAGCUUAUGCUUGGACACAGCUUUGAGAUUGAGAAAUUAUGCUUUGUGAGACUGAAAGAAUUUUGGGUCUUGUUUGAUUGGUUUGUGUAGUUUUUCUCUAGUGCCAAUGUAGCAAAUACAAGCUGAAAAUAGCUCUGAAGAGUUAGAGAUGAAAACAGAAAGGGAGAGAAAGAAGUUCCUCCUGAAAUCCAAAUUCGGUGUGCCAAGCAAUACCUAAUGUAUUAGAAUUAGGCACAUCAUGUUGGAUAACUUUGCAGUUUGUGUUUUUGCAAUGGAAAUCGAAUGUGGUUUUCGGCAGGAAAGACAAAUAAUGUGCCUGAUUUCCUAUUGCUUUCUUGGGGAUUAAA